UUUCGUGAUACGCAUACAUCAAAGGUGCCGACAGAGAGUCGCGCUACUUGUAUAUACUGGCUCUAGGCAUAUACAUACAUACGUCAAGUGAUAUAAUUGCAAUUCGGCAUUCGCGCGAUGUCUAAUGUUGUGUAGAAAUCAUAUAAUCGCCGAGUCGGAGUUGUCAAAAGCGAGUCGCUUUGUAAUGUGGAGAGCAGUAAAGAGCAAUGCCAUCGCUAAUAAUGUGAAUCGAGCGCGAACGAGCUUGAGUCGGGCCGGGGUGGGAGAGACAGGACAAUCUUGUUUGUGUUAUCACAUAAAUGGUACAGUUUGACACGGUUAUUUAAAUGAACUUAUCUAGCUUAGAUGCUUCCGUGUCAGGUGUAACUUUUGUCGCGCAUCAUGGCGAGCACGCCCGAAAAUAUCAGUUGUGCUGGCUUCGUGUUUUCCAACAACUUCGAUUCGGCUAAUUUAGCCAAGGUGGAGGAAGUGAAGAUACCAGAGAUUCCUGGUAAAGAUGUUUAUGAAAUCGAGGACAAAUCAUCUCAUAACCCAAAUUCCAAGGAGGCAUGGGAUUAUGAAUUUAACUUGUGGACAAAGCACGAUUGCCAUGGUACACAAUAUCAAAACAAUAAUAGGACUUGGUUUUACUUUGGAGUCACGUCUCAUCGGCCGAAUGUUUUGGUCAAGUUUAACAUAGUCAAUCUGAAUAAGCAAGUCAAAAUGUUUAGUCAAGGAAUGUGUCCAGUUUUCAAAGUUGUGCCAGGACAUUUACACUGGGAACGGAUUCGUGAGAAGCCUACAUACACUCUUGACCAGAGAGGAAAUGACUUCACUUUAUCAUUCCUGUAUUGCACUCCAGAAAAUUCAAAGGCCAUUACCUAUUUUGCCUUUACCUAUCCAUUUUCAUAUAUAGAUUUACAAAAUUACUUGAGGAGAAUCGGCAUGAGAAUGGAAAAGAGGAGUGUAAUAUGUGCAGAUGAUAUAUACUAUCACAGGGAAUGUGCAAUAAAAUCUUUAGAGGGUCGUAGAUUGGAUGUAUUAACAAUAAGCUCUUAUCGUAAUAUAUUGAUGGAGAGAGAAGAUAGACUGACCAAUAUGUUUCCUGACACAAGUGAGGAGAGGCCUUACAAAUUUCGGGAUAAGAAGGUAAUUUUUAUUAGCGCCAGAGUACAUCCCGGUGAAACACCAUCUAGCUUUGUCCUGAACGGUUUUCUCAAUUUUUUACUAAACCGUGAAGAUCAAAUUGCCAUAAAUUUACGCCACCUAUACGUGUUUAAAUUAAUACCAAUGCUUAAUCCAGACGGUGUUGCUAGCGGUCAUUAUCGCAUGGACACCAAAGGGAUAAAUCUGAAUAGAGUUUAUCUCAAUCCCUCAGAGGUGGAUCAUCCUACGAUAUACGCUGCGAGAAAUUUGAUAAAAUAUUAUCACCAUUCUUAUCAAUUACCAACUGAAUUAACUGAUCACCUAUCAAAUAUAAAUCUCGAGAUCGUGGAUAACGAUGUAAGCUUUAAGAGUACAACUGCUCCAAUAGCGAAUGCUGUGUAUGACACAAGGCUGUUACAACAAGUGACACUCAUGACAUUGGACGAAAAAAAUAGAUACACUCUCGAGAGUAAUAAGAAACAUUUAUUAACAUUGGAGCACUUAGAUCAUGCAAUUGUCGGUAAAAGUGAAGAAGUGCCGAAAGAGAGUGUUAAAAAUGAUUACGUUGCGAAAGACAGGACAAACAGCAAACUAACUUACGUGACUACCAAUAUGAAUGAAACAUCAAGGUCCCCAGAUAAUUCCGGAUUGUAUUUAUACAUCGAUCUUCAUGGUCAUGCCUCGAAGAAGGGCGUUUUCAUGUAUGGAAAUCACUUUACCGAUCCGGAGGACACCAUUAUGUGCAUGCUGCUACCGAAGUUAAUGUCCAUCAAUAAUCCUCACUUUCAUUUCGCGUCGUGCAACUUCGCGGAACGAAAUAUGUACAUUAUAGACAAACGGGACGGUAUGUCAAGGGAAGGUUCAGGACGUGUGGCAGUAUAUAAGAUGACUGGUCUCGUGCGUAGCUAUACUCUGGAGUGCAAUUAUAACUCUGGCCGUCUGGUGAACGUGAUACCUGCUAGAGUCCGUGAUGGGAUGAACAAGACCACGAGUCACAUGUUCGUCCCCCCGAAAUACACGCCAGCAAUGUUCGAAGCGGUUGGAGCAGCAUUGGGUCCUUCCAUUCUCGAUCUUACUGGCAACAAUCCCAAUAGCCGAUUGCCAAAUAGCCAAUAUCGUUCUCUGAGAGGAGUGAAAUCUCACUUGAAAUUAACAUACGUGAAUAAUCUUUCCGCAUCGUCUAAUAAGUCGACGCUUAAGGACAGUGAAGGUAUUGUCGCACCGAACACUUGUAUUCUGAAAGAAUUAGAAACGAAAUUAAAUGAUGCGGUGACGGGAGUAAAGAACGUUAUAAGGAGCGAAGGAAAUUUGAUGAAGAAGUGCAUCCAACGUCACAGCGUUUCUCUUUACACGGCGGUGAAGAGAAUCAAGGGCAAUAAAAUAUCCAGACAAACGUCACCGGCUCAUCGAGUGCUGAAGAAUCAUAGUAUCAAUAAUGCGGAAGUGCGCACGAUCAUAUCUGACGCGGGAGUGAAGUCGCUGUUGAAGACAAUUGAUCCGUAUCAGCCGAUUAAGCUUAACGUAGAAUCAGUAAUCAGUAACAAUCUCGAGCCGCGCUUAAGCACGCAAAUGUGCACAAACAAAAAACUAACAAUGAAGAACAAUCUGACUAAGACAUAUAACAUCUCUUCUGAAGAGACAGCGAUAGUGAGGCACGGCGCAAAGAGAUUGAAAAUUGUUUCAUCCACGAGAACAACGUCCAAAACGUCUUUUUGCGAUAUUGGAGAAUCGUCUUGCGCCGCGGUAGAAGAAAUCACUGCGAAAACCUUGUCCUCUAAAAUGCCACACAUUCGCGAUAAACAAAAUCUUCGAGGAAUGCGUGCUAGAAAAUACGAUCAAUUGACUGAACAAAUAAAACUGAACAAGUCCUCCAAGCUGAGGGAAAUAAACGAAGUCGCCACUAAAGAGAGUUUUAUACUUGAAAAGGGCAAGAAGCAAAAUCCUAAACUUAGCUAGGACAGUAAAAAGGGCCCAUCACUCAUGAUAAUUCACUGAUUCAUUUUGAUUCAUCUUCAUUGAAAUUGUUUUUCCGGAAAAAUCCUAUGUAUUAUAAUAUAUAUAGAAUAUAUGUGCCCGAGUACAUUUUCUGUGUUAAUACUAACACUCCUGAGAUCACGUUUCGAGACAAAACUGUUACCAAACUGUCAAGACUAUAAUAGUUUUUAAAUAGGAAGUGUUCACAAUCGUGCAAUGUAUAUCGCUAAGUAAUUUAAUAUAAUAUAUAAUAGAGAGAAAAAACCUUCGUGUGCGUACGUAGGAUUUCAUUGAACUGAAAACAACUGAAUAAUCGAGAAGGAUACUGCGUGAAAAAAUAAAUCUAAAAUAUUGAAUAAAAGUUUUUCAAA